AUGUGGCUCGUGCUACUCGGCUGCUUGCUGCAAGCAGCCGCUGCCAUAGCGCCGCCGCUGCCCGGCGUGUCGCCCGAUCUGUUUGCCUCGCUCGAGCGCCUGGCGCGGCUCGUCGAUAUAACCUACUGCAUCGGCAACACGGGCAUCGUCAAGCCAUUUAGCUGCCUGUCUCGCUGUGCCGAGUUCCCCAACGUCACACUGUCCCGGACCUGGAGCACCGGCCUGUUCAUGACGGACAGCUGCGGCUACAUCGCCGUUGACGAGACGCCUGCCGCCACCGCUGUCGACAUUGACUCGCACGGCGCCAUCAUCGUCGCCUUCCGCGGCACCUACAGUGUCGCCGAUACCGUCCUCGACCUCAGCACUGUGCCCCAGGAGUACGUGCCGUACCCGGGCGACGGGUCGCCGGCGCACAAAUGCACCAACUGCACCGUUCACAUGGGCUUCUUCAAGGCCUGGCAGAGCGCCAAGGAGUCGGUCAUUCCCGAACUCAUACAGCUGCGGAGGACGCACCCCGAUAAGCCGAUCCAUCUUGUCGGGCAUAGCCUUGGGGGGGCAGUAGCCUGCCUGGCCGCGCUUGAGCUCAAGACGACCGUGGGGUUGGACAACAUUGUCGUCACGACAUUUGGCGAGCCGCGUGUGGGUAACGGCGGGCUUGUCGAUUUUAUCAAUCAGAUAUUCGGUUUAAACGACGAAGCCGACAUGGCAAAGCGCUCAUAUCGACGAUUGACGCACACCAACGACCCUGUUCCGCUGCUGCCGCCUGGUGAAUGGGGAUACAAGUCGCAUGCUGGCGAGAUUCACAUUACCAAGUCGGAUCUGUCGCCCGCGCAGGAGGACUUGCAGCUCUGUGAGGGCAAUGAUGAUGAAAGGUGCAGCGCCGGCCAGGACAGCACGUCACAAAGUCUGACGCGAGUGACCGAGUUUUACGAAAGCGUUGCCGCCAGCCAGUUACAGAAGCGGGGGUUUCCCACGCGGCUCAAGUUGUGGCAACUAUUCUUCGCGCAUCGGGAUUACUUUUGGAGGCUAGGACUGUGUUUUCCCGGAGGCGAUCCGUUCGACUGGGGUCGCAACAAGAUGUCGGAGUUGGACCUUGUCGACGUGGAGAACCAAGAGCUGUAA